AUGAUAUCCCUACUCAAUCUUCGUGGAGGCCGUCGGCUUAUCAUCAUCAGCACCCUAUUGACGGCACUUUUUAUUUAUCUUGUUUCAACCGUAUCAUUACAAACAACAAGUAACACAUCUUGUGAUCCAAACACACGAUCCUUAUAUCAACGGGAUGGUGCAAAAGUAACGGAUGAACAUGAACACGACACUUAUUAUCUCAACUUGAAUGAUCUCAACUCGACUACGGAUGCAGUGUCACAAAAUGAACACCUUUUGGUAUUGACGCCGCUUCUCCACACUCCUCUUGACAAACAACAACUCGAGCACUUUUUCAACCAGCUGGAUCGCACCACCUUCCCCAAUCAGCUCAUUUCAAUUGCUUUGCUUGUGACAGACGACUCGGACACGCUAUUACUCGAGACCCUUGAAACAGUUGUACGGAAAUGGCGACAACGAUGGCUGAAUCGAUUCCACGAAAUCAGUGUCUAUCAACGCAACUUUGAGCUGGCGACUACAGCUGGUAGCAGCAGCAAUGCAAAUCGUCCCUAUGUGCGUUCCAUGAUGGCUCGGGCACGUAACUUUUUACUCAGUGCAGCAUUACGAGAUUAUCAUAGCUGGGUCGCUUGGGUCGAUGUUGAUGUCGUUGAAUAUCCACCAACCAUCUUUGAGGAUCUCAUGAGUGCCGAUGGUGAUGUCGUGGUGCCAAACUGCUUAUUGUAUCGAGAGGAUUAUGCAUUCUGGGGAUAUGAUCGCAACAAUUGGGCUGAAUCGGAUUACUCGCUUCAAAUGCAACAAUGGAUGCCCCAAGAUACGAUUCUUAUGGAAGGCUACAACGACUUCUCCUCGGGACGAUCACUGCUGGUCGACAUGCCGACGCAUCUUGGUGAAGACUACAAGGUUCCAUUAGACGGCGUUGGUGCCACAUUCACUCUUGUAAAAUCACAUGUUCAUCGUGAAGGUGCCAACUUUCCUUCGUUCGUGUACCGCCAUCAAGUAGAUGCUGAAGCAUUUGGCAAAGUGGCUGUGGCAAUGGGUUUCUCGGUCUAUGGCUUACCUGGUUACAAGAUCUACCAUGCCGAACGACAGUAA